AUGUUGCCUUCUAUGCCUAUAUUAUUUACAAGGGAGAGUCAAGAUGCAUUUGGAAAUAAAAUAGAGCCCAGUACAAGUUAUUUUAACAAAAAUAAUGAAAUUCAACCUAUCCUUCAAUCCGUGACUAAAAUUUCGGAGGCAGCAGAUAAAAAUAUUAAUGAAAUAUCAAAUGAAGCAGCUAAAAAUAAGUGUAUUGACAAAAAGAAAGAGGAAUUAGCAAAACCUAAAACUGAUGAGAAUGCUUUGGAGACAGCACUAGUUAAAUCCUACUACACAAAAGUACAGUCAAGAUUUUCUUCACACUCCACCUUGCCGACCAACAAGUUUGUUCAAUUUAGAGAAAUUUUAAAAACCUUCAACCCCUCAAAAGAGAACCCUGUAGAUUUAUAUAAGAAAAUAGAGCAGCUAUUUAGUGAUGAACACAAAGAUAUAGUAGAAGAGUUUAUGUUGUUUUUGAAGCCCGGCCAAGCAGCUGAAGUUGGGAGAUUCAUGGACCAUUUCAUGUUAUCACAGAUGACGGGAUUCAUAGCUCUUUUACAAUCAACAUUUAGCCGAAAACCCACGGUGCUAAGGAAGAUAUUACGCGCGAUCACGACCGGCAUCAACAGUGGCAACAGUUCAGACAUGAAGUCCAGAGUUCUACCCCACUUGAGGUCCAACCCACGCUUAACUCAAAUGUUUAAAGCCCUCUUUCCAGAUGAACGCCCACCGGAUAGCGUUUACGACACAGGAACAGAUGUUCUUCAAGAUACCUUCUUAACUUGUGACAAGGGAUACGACGUGUGGGAAUUUGAAGAGAAAAAAAAUACUAAGAGAAAAGCUGAAUCUAAAGUCCUGGACUCCGAGUAUUUGCACGGGAGAGUGUUUCUUCAACAUGGCAGAUUUUUACGCACGGCAUGUGUGACAUACCCAUAUAGCAAAGAACCAUACAGAGUUCAUUCAAGACGGCUAGCUCCUAACCAUUGCCUGUCACCACCAGAAUCAGACUCAGAGAGGGCAUCCCCUAAAAGGAACAACAAAAACACAUGCAAAGUACCACAAAAAAGAUCUAGAAAACAACUAAAAUCGCCCACCAAGAACGUAAAAGAUGUCAAUGAUAAUACCAAGAAAGAUUGCCUCACAUUAAAUCCAAAAAUUAAAACAAAACCACUCGCGAAGAACAAAUGUAAGAAAGAAGAUAUACCUGUCAAAAAGAAAGAGAAGUACGACUCAAAAAAUUCGCUUGUGAAAAAAGAGGCUAAACAAAAAGAAGCGGAGAAAAGGCUAGAGAACAAAAGUUGGACUCGCGAUGAAGAUAAGACGAUGUUAGAAGUCCUAAAAGGAGAACCAGGAUCUGAACAAGUUUUCUGCAGAAUUCGUGAACUUCUCCCGCACAGAAGUGCGACGGAGAUAAAAGAGAGAUUUUGCCACGUGAUGAACCUGUUGCAGCAAAUGGCGGUCGGGGAAGUGACA